CGAGUAACCUUUUGUUUUUAAUUGUAUUAACAAGCUUGAAAUAAGCACAAAAUUAUUUUUUUAGUCACAGAUUAAUGUAUUAUUACGUUUUCUUCGUAUAGCCCAAUAGUAAGAUUCGCAAGAUACCAACCCAAACAGACAAAAAACAAGAAAAAGAAUACUAAGGCGUACUAAGUAAAAAAUGCAAACAUUGCGAAAACUUUCACGCUGCAUGCGGGAGCAGCGCCUAAUAAAGCAUCAAAAAUUGUUAUUGACACAGCCAUAUCGCCUCACCAGUUGGAGUCGUUUGUCCAAAUCCAUAUUGGCUGACGUAGAUGAGCAGGAGGAGCUGGAGCACGAGGAGGAGCAUCUACGCUAUGCUGGCUAUCCCAUAUUGGGCAAUCGCUUUGCCAAUUUAUUCUACAUGCCACAGAGUGUGGGUCCUGCCUAUCAGGAUCUGGUAACGACAACAGAUCAAUUUGAUUUGUGCAAAUACCACGAGUCAAUCGAUUGGAAGCGCAUUAAGCCCAUCAAUGCGCAGGUGGUGCGCUGCCCCAAGCUGCUGUUGCCCGAUCUGAAAGAGAUCUUCGACAUACCCUGCCAUAAGUUCAAGGAGCCCAGCAAGUUCAGCAUAUUCAAUCUAUACUUUGACACUGAAUUGAAUAGCGCCAUCAAAUCGUUUGUCUUGAUUGCCUCACGAUAUUCCAUGGAGUUCAUGCAAGAUGGCUAUUGGGCGGAUUUUGUUAACCCAUUUACGGGGCGUGCCUACUUCAGGCCCGCUGCUGAUCGCAAACUGAUUAAUGAGUCUCGCUUGCUUGGCCACAACAUGAUCUUCAAGAGCAACAACGGUUGCACCAGUAUCGAAGAGGCCAGGAAAUGCAAAUUCGCCGGCGCCAUAUUCACCGAUGUGCCCAUUAGUUUUUUUGAAUAGCCUAACGACAAGCGACAGCUGCAAACUGCACUAAAUUCAAAUCCAAACACACUUCACAAAUCCCCCAAAUCCAAACCCUCUAUAUAUAUAAAUGCUUAUAUGGCUAUACAUAUAGACAGCCAGCUGUUACUGUAUAUAUGUCCAGCCCACAGUAUUGAAUGUAAUUAUUUGUACAUAUGUAUGUAUUACUCAAGUUAAUUAAGCAUUAAAACAAUAC